AUGGGCAACCUUCUCACGAGUUUACUGUCGCGACGCUCGCAACUCAUCCUGGUUCUAGCGCUCACAUACUUUGGUCAUAAAUCCUGCACGGAUGGCAACGCAAAGCUUUUAUCACAUUGUCCAACAUUGACAAAAGGAAAAUAUUAUCCGCCUUGGCGUUUGUUCAACGGACACCUGCAGACAUUACGCUUUGCUUACGAUAAUCGUGGACCAAUCAUUAAUUACCGGAGACAAUUGCUAAAAUUACCUGAUGGUGGCGUGGUGUCAUUAGAUUGGGCACUUUUACAUGAUCAAAAAGUACCCAAUCUAGUUACAGACCUUAAUAAAUCUGCUACAACAUCAUGGUGGCGGGAUGUAGAUCCUUCGCGACGUACGAUGAUUUUACUACCCGGACUUACUGGGGGUAGUCUAGAAAAUUAUAUUCGGAGUACUAUUGCAAAAUUGCAUUCGCUUAAAUGGCAGUGUGUCGUGCUUAAUGCUCGAGGAUGUGCUCAAACACCUGUGACGACUGCGCAGCUCUUUUGUAGUGCGUAUACUCAUGAUCUCCGCUAUGUAGUGAAACAAUUGAGUGAAAAAUACAAUUUUGCUCGAGAAGCAUUUGUUGGAGUUGGAUUUUCAAUGGGAUCUAACAUUUUGGUUAAAUAUUUGGGAGAAGAUGGAGAUCAAACGCCACUCACUGGUGCGAUUUCAGUUGGCAAUCCAUUCGACUUAACGCUUUGUUCUGCCAACUUUUGUGAUUCACUUUUCAAUCGUAUGACAUAUGACAAGGCAUUGAACAAGAACCUUCGCGAACUCUUUUUUAUUAAGUCAAACGCCUCAACGAAAUUUAUGAAUUUCCCUGGUGUCAAUCUAGACGCGAUCAAGGCCUCUCGUACCGUGCGAGACUUUGACGACGCUUUAACAAAAUACGUUUUUCAUUACAAUACAGUUGAUGAUUAUUACAGCGACGCAGGAUCUGUGAAGAAACUUAGUGGGGUGCGAGUUCCUUUGCUUUGCAUCAAUGCCGAGGAUGAUCCAAUCAGCAUUCGCUCUGCGCUGCCCAAAGACGACGAGAUUAUGGCGAAUCCCAACAUAAUCUUGUGCACAACCAAGUCGGGUGGUCAUUUGGCAUUCUACGAAAGCUCUUUAAAAGCUUUUGAGUGUACAAAGAGAUUUGCUGAUGCACCGAACAUGUGGUCUAUCAAUCCAAUUGCAGAGUUUGCGGAGGCUGUGCGUCUUGAGAAAAAGAAUUCCCUCAUGUAA